CCCUGCCCCUGCCCCUGACCCCUCCUUCCAUUGGGCACCUCGAGCGCGACUUACCCAAACCAACCACCAUUAAUCUCCGGUGAAAAAGAAAGAGCUGUUUCUGUUCCGAAUUCAGUUGGAUUCCCAUGCCUGUUCUUGAUUGGGCGAUUCUGUCCUGGAUUUUCUUGCCCUUGUUUGAGCAACAAGAAGAAUUUGGAAGGGAGAUGGUUCUUGAUUCUGUUAUGGCUUUCAAUUCAUGGAAACUCCAUAUCACUGAAAGCUCAGAUCUUGCGGGAAUUGGUGAUCUUUGAGUUGAAUUCCUUCAGACUUGCAGUCUUUGGACACCUGCAAUGGCAGCUUACCAAACUGGCCCUGUCUCCAAGCCACCGAUGCUGAACACUGAAAUCAUCACCCAAAAGGUCACCGGCUUCACUGCUGAGACUGCAGCCAAAGAGAAGCCCAUAGGCUACCUCGAUGUUUUUGUACACCAGGCACGCGACAUUCAGAACAUAUGCAUCUACCACAAGCAGGAUGUUUAUGCAAAGCUGUGCCUCACGAGUGACCCAGACGUGUCAUGCUCGACCAAGGUGAUCAAUGGCGGUGGCCGCAACCCGGUGUUCGACGACAGCCUGAGGCUUGAUGUGCGCACCGUGGAGGCUUCUCUCAAGUGCGAGAUAUGGAUGCUGAGUAGGGUGAGGAACUAUUUGGAAGACCAGCUUCUUGGCUUUGCCCUUGUUCCUCUGGCAGACAUUGUAAUGGCUGAUGGGAAGCUUGCCCAGGAGUUCUCCAUGACAUCCACUGACCUGCUCCACACCCCUGCUGGAUUUGUUCAGCUGUCACUGUCCUAUGUUGGCUGUUCUCCAGAUGUCAUCCCCAUUUCAGCACCCAAUAAAUCGGCGUUAUUAGUGAACAGUUCUGGUAAUGAACACUCUGUCCCCUGUGAGCUUGAAAAGAUUGAAUUCCCAGACCUGAAUGUGGUGAAGGAGAACCAAAUUAUGGUCUCCAAGUAUUUCGAGAUGGAGACAUUGGGGUAUGAGAAUUCAGUUAAGAUUGACAAUGCAAAGUUACUGCAAUCUGAUGCAGCAGCUGUGCCUGGUACUGAAAUAUUUGACAAAAUUCUCGAUGAGUAUCGGGAGGGAAGCCCUCAAAGUUGCGUCUCAACCACAGACGACUCCACCGGCACAUCUGUCACCCCACAGUCAGUUUCCGAGCCAUCAGAUACCACUGCUGCAGCAUCUCCAACUGGAAGCCAGAGGGACAAAAGCCAAGAUGCUACCGACGGCGACGCAGAUUCUUCUGAGGUGCCACUCAAGAGUGAAGCUGUCAAGCCAGUGAUCAGCAUCAACCUCCAGCCCGGGGAGUCAGUUGUUCAGGAGGACAUAGUCAACAUGUACAUGAAGAGCAUGCAGCAGUUUACUGAAUCCCUUGCAAAGAUGAAGCUGCCAUUGGAUGUCGACACCAGCAGCAGCCCCUCAACUGAAGACAACACUGACUCGAGUACGACUGAGAAGCCAUCCCCAUCGAAGGGUUCUAGGGUCUUCUAUGGAAGCAGAGCCUUCUUCUAAGUUGCUGAUGCUAAUAAGUAGGAUCGUGUAUUAAUAGGCGUUGUUCGCAUUUGUCGGACUGGCUAUUAUGUGCUUAAUAGUAGUUAUAUGAUCCCUAAGUUUCUGCUGCUGCAAUAAGUUUUUAGGACUCCCUCUACAGUCUACACUUGUACUGCUUAUAUAUAGUGAAAUAUAAGCGUUUUGGAAUA